AUGGCUCAACAAACACCACUCGCUCCGACCGUUGGAUGGAUCUACGACCUCAUUCUCCGGACCUUUGCCUUGGCCGUAGGGUUCUUCUUUAGAGAGGUACAAGUUCGAGGAGCAUGGCGUGUGCCAUCGGAGGGUGCUAUUAUCCUCGUAGCAGCUCCUCACUCGAAUCAGUUCGUGGACUCUAUCGUCUUGAUGAAGAUCCUUCGUUCCUUGAACCGUCGAAUAUCAUGGCUUAUGGCAGAAAAAUCCUUUCAGCGCAAAUUUGUGGGCUUCAUGGCCAAAAUGAUUGGAGCGGUUCCUGUAUCGCGAGCAAUGGAUAUUGCAAAAUCUGCCCCAGGGAAGAUAUAUCUCGAGGAUUCGAGCACGACUCCCAAGGUCAUUAAGGGAAUUGGUACAGACUUUACUUCCGCUUUAUUCAAACCAGGUGGCUCCAUUUAUCUUCCAACCAUGAAUGGCGACUCGCAAAAACUGGACAAUGGUCAAAUCAUUGGACCAGACACGAUCAUCCUAAAGAACUCAGAUUUGCAUCCAGAUGCAUUGUUUCAGCUCACUGGAAGAACCUCUGGUGUUUCGUCUCCUCUGUUUGAGGGCACUAAGUUCAAGGUCGCUCCUCAUGUUGACCAAACAGAGGUGUAUAAUGCUGUGUUUGAAAGACUUGCCCAGGACGGCUGCAUUGGAAUUUUCCCCGAAGGUGGAAGCCAUGAUCGUACACAAUUACUGCCAUUGAAAGCGGGAAUCGCCAUCAUGGCUCUCGGAGCUCUUGCCCAGAACACUAAAGUCACCAUUGUACCAGUCGGAUUGACAUACUUUACUGCCCACAAAUUUCGCUCCCGAGCUGUCAUCGAGUUUGGAGAAUCUAUUCCUGUCUCUGAGGCUCGGGUACAAGACUUCAAGAAUGGAAAGAAACGUGAUGGUGUUGGGGGCUUGAUGAACGACAUUUCUCAGGCACUAGCAGCUGUAACUAUGUCGGCACCGGACUUUGAGACUUUGAACCUCAUUCAUGCUGCCCGACGAUUGUACCUCACCAAUACAACAUAUAGCGACGAAAAGAAGCGAAUAUCCUUGGCACACUCCACAGAACUCAAUCGACGCUUGGUGAAAGGCUACACGACGUACUCCCAGACACCAGAGAUGAAGUCUUUGAUCAAAGACCUUAAGUCUUACAUGGCUUCUCUGAAAGCUCUGAAUCUGAAAGAUCACCAGCUUCUGUCGACGUCUAGCCAUCACAAACAUUUCCCAAUGCUGUUUCGAUUGCCGACACUGCUCUACCGACUCCUCAAACUUGGCGUCUUGGGAGUCUUGACUCUGCCUGGUCUCCUCCUCUUUGCACCAAUAUUUAUCUUGACUCCACAUCUGUCGCGUCGGAAGACGGCUGAGGCCUUGGCAGCUUCGAGUGUAAAGAUCAGAGGACACGAUGUUAUGGCAACUUGGAAGAUCUUGAUCGCCCUUGCACUUGCACCGAUCUUCUACACUUUCUAUACCAUUCUCCUUGUGGUACUGAACAACUACAACCAUCUUUGGGGAUAUAUCCACUCGCGAACUCCAACUUCUCUCAUCAUCAGCACCUGUGUUCUCGUUCUUCCAAUGAUCACCUACGCUGCUCUUUUGUUUGGUGAGCAAGGAAUGGACUUACUUAAGUCUAUAUAUCCACUUGUAUUGACGCUGAGCCCAACAUCUUCACAUAUUAUCAACAGGCUGAUGGAACAAAGACGCGUAUUGGUGAUCAGAGUUCGAGAAAUGAUUGACAGAUUUGGUUCCGAAAUCUUUCCAGAUUGCGACGAUGUAAGCAAAUGGAGAGGUCGGGGCCCGAGGAAGUUGUACGCAGAUAUAAGUCCUGAGACCGAGCAGGAGGACUUGUGGGGUUUGGAUGAAUUUGUAUGA